UGAUUAUAUACCUACAACUCCAGCUCACAAACAUUGCCCCAGCCCCAAAGCUCUCUAGCUUUAUUUCUCUCAAAACUCCAAAUCCCUUAUUAAAGCUCUUGGAUUAACUCAUGCAAGUUCCAAAUAAUUCACCUUCAUGCAGAAACCUAAUCACCAUUCUCAGUAUUGAUGGUGGUGGAAUUCGGGGGAUCAUCCCGGGAGUCAUCCUUACUUUCCUAGAGUCUGAACUUCAGAAACUGGAUGGCGAAGAAGCAAGAAUAGCAGAUUAUUUUGAUGUGAUUGCCGGGACUAGCACUGGCGGCCUGGUGACAGCCAUGCUAACUACUCCUAAUGAAAAAAACCGUCCCCUGUUUGCUGCCAAAGACAUAAAAGACUUCUACCUCACCCACUGCCCUAACAUCUUCCCUCAAUCCAGGCGCGCAAGGGUGAUCUUGCGUAAUGAAUUCUCUGCGGCAGAGCGGAGGCGAGCAGGUAGUGAACGAGCUGAACGCAUCGACCCUAGACGGGCAGAGAGUAGCGACCACACUCGUCACUUCAAUAUAGAUCUCUGGGAUACAGAGCAGCUUUGAGGAAGUUAGUUACAAUCUAACGCUCGAUGCCCGAAACUGAGGUGAAUCCAUGAUUUGUGCGACCUGACCUCCAGAGGUUUUUCGAAUUUAGGAUCUCUGAAGAGAUCUCUGAUUAGUAACGAGCUGAUCCCUUAGACUUUUCAAAAUUUUAACUGUGGCGAAUCUCUGGGGAGAUUUGCCUAAGUCUCGAAUUUGUUACGAGCUGAUCAUUGAAGUUUGUCGCGAUCCGAUCCUUCGGAUUUUUCAACAAUUGUGGCGAAUCUCUGAGGAGAUUUGCUCAGGGCGUUUGGUAUUCUUUUGCUUUUAACAGAUACCCUUUUGCCUCCCCGCAAUAAAUGCUGGCUCAGCAU